CCAUGAGCAGAGAUGCUAGCAUGGAGAUUUUUGGUGAGGCCGCACCAUACCUGCGCAAACCCGAGAAGGAGAGAAUAGAAGCCCAGAACCAGCCGUUUGAUGCCAAGACCUACUGCUUUGUGGCUGACCCCGAGGUGGAAUACACCAAGGGGAAGAUUAAGGCUGCUCAGGAUGAGAAGAUAAUUGUUGAGACGGAGGAUGGCAGAACAAUUGCUGUCAAACCUGAUGAUGUGUAUGCCAUGAACCCACCUAAGUUUGAUAGAGUUGAGGAUGUGGCCAUGYUGACCCACCUGCAUGAACCUGCUGUCCUCUACAACCUCAAGGACCGCUACACCUCCUGGAUGAUCUAUACCUACUCGGGUCUCUUCUGCGUCACUGUCAACCCCUACAAGUGGCUGCCGGUGUACAACCCGGAGGUGGUGUUGGCCUACCGAGGCAAGAAGCGCCAGGARGCCCCUCCACACAUCUUCUCCAUCUCUGACAACGCCUAUCAGUUCAUGCUGACUGAUCGUGAAAACCAGUCUAUCCUGAUCACCGGAGAAUCGGGUGCCGGGAAGACGGUGAACACGAAGCGCGUCAUCCAGUACUACGCGACAAUCGCAGCCAGUGGCAACCUGCCCACCAAGAAGGAGUCCCAGAUGAAGGGUACGCUCAAGGAUCAAAUCCUCAGUGCCAACCCACUGCUGGAGGCCUUYGGGAAUGCCAAGACCGUGAGAAAUGACAACUCCUCACGCUUUGGUAAAUUCAUUCGUAUCCAUUUUGGAGCAUCUGGAAAACUGGCCUCUGGUGACAUUGAGACCUACUUGCUGGAAAAGUCGAGAGUCACUUUCCAGCUGAAAGCUGAAAGAAGCUACCAUAUCUUCUACCAGAUCCUCUCCAAUAAGAAGCCUGAACUGCUUGAGAUGCUCCUGGUCACAGCCAACCCCUAUGACUACCCCUUCAUCAGCCAAGGGCAGAUCUCUGUGGCCAGCAUCGAUGACCAGGAGGAGCUUGUUGCCACAGACAUGGCCAUUGGCAUUUUGGGCUUCAGCCCCGAUGAGAGAAUGGGGAUUUACAAGCUGACGGGGGCGAUCCUGCACUAUGGGAACAUGAAGUUCAAGCAGAAACCACGUGAGGAGCAGGCAGAGCCUGAUGGCACAGAAGAGGCUGACAAAGCAGCAUAUCUGAUGGGCCUGAACUCAGCAGACUUGCUGAAAGCUCUGUGCUAUCCCCGGGUGAAAGUGGGAAAUGAUUAUGUCAUGAAGGGCCAAACAGUAGAUCAGGUGCAGCAGGCAGUGAGUGCCAUUGCCAAGUCUGUCUAUGAAAAGCUCUUCCUGUGGAUGGUGAUKCGCAUCAACCAACAGCUGGACACGAAGCUGCCACGACAACACUUCAUUGGGGUCUUAGACAUUGCUGGCUUUGAGAUUUUUGAGUUUAACAGCUUUGAGCAGCURUGCAUCAACUUCACCAAUGAGAAACUGCAACAGUUCUUCAACCACCACAUGUUCGUGCUGGAGCAGGAGGAGUACAAGAAGGAGGGAAUCGAAUGGGAGUUCAUUGACUUUGGCAUGGACCUGGCUGCCUGCAUCGAGCUUAUAGAAAAGCCCAUGGGCAUCUUCUCCAUCCUGGAAGAGGAGUGCAUGUUCCCCAAGGCAACUGACACCUCUUUCAAGAACAAACUCUAUGAUCAGCACCUGGGCAAGUCCAGCAGCUUCCAGAAGCCCAAACCAGGGAAAGGCAAGGCUGAGGCUCACUUCUCCCUGGUGCACUAUGCUGGCACAGUGGAUUACAACAUCUCUGGCUGGCUGGAGAAGAACAAGGACCCUCUGAACGAAACUGUCAUUGGGCUGUACCAGAAAUCAUCUAUGAAAAUAUUAUGCCAUCUUUAUGCCAGCUUUGCUUCCAURGAUGAAGCUGAAGGUGAUGGAAAGAAGAAAGGAACCAAGAAAAAGGCCUCUUCCUUCCAAACUGUGUCUGUACUCUUUCGGGAAAAUCUAAAUAAGCUGAUGUCUAACUUGCGAACAACUCACCCUCACUUUGUGCGUUGCAUCAUUCCCAAUGAAACAAAGACCCCAGGUAAUACAUAAAACAUAGAGUAGAAAGGGGCAGAAAGAGCAAUUUCCAAGGCCAGAACAGUCAGUGUGUCCCCAUGUUGCUCUGUCAUAGGCCUGAUGGAUCACAAGCUUGUUCUGCACCAGCUGCGAUGUAACGGUGUUCUGGAAGGCAUUCGGAUCUGCAGGAAAGGCUUUCCUAACAAGAUAUCAUAUGGGGAUUUCAAACAAAGAUACCGCCUUCUGAAUGCCAGUGUCAUUCCAGAAGGAAAGUUUAUUGAUAGCAAGAAGGCGUGUGAAAAAUUGCUGUCUUCCAUUGAGAUAGAUCAUACUCAGUACAAAUUUGGACACACUAAGGUGUUCUUCAAGGCUGGUUUGCUGGGUGUCCUGGAAGAGAUGCGAGAUGAUUGCUUAGGACAGCUGAUCACACGGACCCAGGCUUUGUGCAGGGGAUACCUCAAGAGACUUGAGUUGAAAAGAAUGUUUGACCACAGGGAGUCCAUCCUCUGCAUCCAAUAYAACAUCCGUGCAUUCAUGAAAGUCAAACAGUGGCCCUGGAUGAAGCUGUACUUCAAGUUCAAACCCCUCUUAAAAUGUGUGGAAACUGAGAAAGAAAUGGCCAUGAUGAAGGAAGAGUUUGAGAGAACGAAAGAAGAGCUGGCUAAAUCAGAAACCACGAGGAAAGAACUGGAAGAAAAAAUGGUAACUCUGGUGCAAGAGAAAAAGGAUCUACAGCUGCAAGUACAAACUGAAAAUGAAAAUUUGGCUGAUGCUGAAGAAAGAUGUGACCAGCUGAUCAAAUCAAAAUUCCAGCUGGAAGCAAGAAUAAAGGAGGUAAUGGAAAAAUUGGAGGAUGACGAGGAGAUGAAUGCUGAUCUGACAGCCAGAAAGAGGAAACUGGAGGAUGAAUACUCUGAGCUGAAGAAAGAUAUUGAUGACCUUGAGUUAACAUUGGUCAAGGCUGAAAAGGAAAAGCAUACCACUGAAAACAAGGUGAAAAAUCUGACUGAAGUAGUGACAGAUUUGGAAGAGACUGUUGCAAAAUUAGUCAAGGAGAARAAGGCCCUGCARGAAGCCCAGCACCAGGCAYUGGAUGACCUGCAAAUAGAGGAGGACAAAGUUAAUACCCUCACCAAAGUUAGGAUCAAGCUGGAGCAACAAGUGAACCAUGUUGAAGGAUCUUUAGAACUUGAAAGGAAAGCGUGUGUGGACCUUGAACGAGCAAAGAGAAAGCUUGAGGGAGACUUGAAACUUGCACAGGAAACCAUAGUAGAUCUGGAGAAUGAUAAACAACUUUUAGAUGAAAAAUUAAGGAAGAAAGACUUUGAUUUUCACCAGAUGCAAAAUAAAAUUGCAGAACAGCACAAUUCAGGUACUCAUUUGCAGAAGAAGAUCAGAGAAUUGCAGGCCCAAGCUGCGGAGCUGGAAGAGGAGACCAUGAGUGAGAAAGCGAGCCGGGUAAAAGCAGAGAAGCGUUGUGGUGAGCUGGCUCGUGAGCUUGAGGGAAUCAGGGGAAGUCUUGAAGAAGCUGGAGGAGCCACCACUGCUCAAAUGGAGCUGAACAAGAAGCGUGAGGCAGAAUUCCAGAAGAUGCGGCGUGACCUCGAAGAGGCCACGCUGCAGCACGAAGCCACGGCUGCCGCCCUGCGGAAGAAGCACGCYGACAGCACGGCUGARCUGGGGGAGCAGAUCGACAACCUGCAACGCGUGAAGCAGAAGCUGGAGAAGGAGAAGAGUGAGCUGAAGAUGGAGAUUGAUGACUUGGCCAGUCGUGCAGAGACCAUUACUAAGUCCAAGGUUAAYCUGGAAAAAAGGUACCACACCCUGGAAGAUGAGAUGAGUGAGAUGAAAGCCAGACUUGAGGAACACCACAGGAAUGUGAAUGAGAUGGUGAUACAAAAAGCCCAGCUCCAGACAGAGUCAGGUGAACUAAGCCGUCAACUCAAAGAGAAAGAGACUGUAAGGCUGCAGCUGUCCAGAAGCAAGCAGGCACUUACACAGCAAAUGGAAGAUCUCAAAAGGCAGCUGGAGCAAGAGAUCAAGGCCAAGAAUGCCCUGGCCCACGCYCUGCAGUCCGCUCGCCACGACUGUGACUUGCUCCGGGAACAAUAUGAGGAGGAGCAGGAGGCCAAGGGGGAGCUGCAGCGAGCCCUGUCCAAGGCCAAYRGUGAAGUGGCSCAGUGGAGAACCAAAUACSAGACRGAYGCGAUUCAGCGCACRGAGGAGCUYGAGGAGGCCAAGAAAAAGCUCGCCCAGCGUCUCCAGGAAGCAGGACAGCAGGCAGAUACRCUGAAUUCCAAGUGUGCCUCCUUGGAGAAGAUGAAGUUGAAGUUGCAGGGGGAGGUGGAGGAUCUGACACUGGAUGCAGAGAGAGCAAACACAUCAGCAGCUGCCCUUGACAGGAAACUGCAGAAUUUUGAUAAGGUCAUGGCAGAAUGGAAGAGGAAGUAUGAGGAGAGUCAGCUGGAGCGGGAAGCACUCUCUAAAGAAUCAGGCUCACUGAGCACAGAGCUUUUCAAAGUGAAAAAUGCCUAUGAGGAAACCUUAGAUCAGCUUGAAACAAUCAAACGGGAGAACACAGCUCUCCAGCAGGAAGUAGCUGAUCUGACAGAACAAAUUACUGCAAAUGGCAAAAUGAUCAGAGACCUUGAGAAAGCCAAAAAACAAGCUGAAAUAGAAAAAAAUGGGCUGCGAUCAGCUCUGGACGAAGCAGAGGCAGCYCUUGAGCGUGAAGAAGUCAAAAUCCUGAGUGUCAACCAAGAGUUGACUCAGAUAAAGUCAGAAAUCAAUAGAAAGAUUGCUGACAAGAAUGAGGAGAUCAACGAGCUAAAAAAGAACAAUGARAGGACUGUGGAGACAAUGCAGGCUGCUUUGGAUGCUGAGAUCAGGAGCAGAAGCGAGUCUUUAAGGCUGAAGAAGAAGAUGGAGGGAGACCUGAAUGAAAUGGAGAUCCAGCUGAGCYAUGCCAAYCGCCAGGCAGCAGAGGCACAGAAAYACCUGCACAGCAUCCAGGGAGCUCUCAAGGACACACAGCUKCACUUGGAYGAUKCUSUSAGGACACAGGAUGACCUGAAGGAGCAGGUGRCCAUGGUGGARCGCCGAGCAAACCUGCUGCAGGCUGAAGUUGAGGAGCUACGGGCAGCCCUGGAGCAGACAGAGCAGUCCAAGAAAAAGACUGAGCAGGAGCUUCUGGAUGCAAGUGAGAGAGUUCAGCUUCUCCAUACCCAGAACACCAGCCUUUUUAAUACAAAGAAGAAGCUGGAAAUGGAUAUGGUACAAAUCCAAACAGAGAUAGAGGAUGUUACCAAUGAAGCAAAAAGUGCCGAAGAAAGAGCAAAGAAGGCAAUGACAGAUGCAGCCAUGAUGGCAGAAGAGCUGAAGAAGGAGCAGGACACCARUGCCCACCUGGAGAGRAUGAAGAAGAACCUGGACCAGACUGUGAAGGACCUGCAGCACCGUCUGGAUGAAGCUGAGCAGCUGGCACUGAAGGGAGGGAAGAAGCAGAUCCAGAAGCUGGAGGCCAGGAUCCGAGAAUUAGAAGCUGAACUGGAAGAAGAACAUAAACAAUACUCAGAGGCUAUGAAAAACAUCUGCAAAUAUGAACGGCAUGUCAAAGAGCUCACUUUACAGAGUGAAGAACACAGGAAGAACAUGAUCAGGUUACAAGAUCUGGUAGAUAAACUGCAAAUGAAAAUAAAAUCCUACAAAAGACAAGCUGAGGAAGCUGAUGAACAAGCCAAUAUUAAUCUGUCCAAAUUAAGAAGAGCACAGCAUAAGAUACAUGAGGCUGAGGAAAGGGCAGAGAAUGCUGAAAGCCAAGUAAAUAAGCUCAGAGCUAAGGCCCGAGAAGGCCCUGCUACAAAGGUGGUGUUAGGAACUGAAAAAUGAGCCUCCUCUGGGAUAACUAGAACUUCCACCAAGUAUCUCUCCAGCUGUGGUAGGAAGUAAUUUUCCCUUUGUUUAUGAACACRAACAUUUUCUGUCACUGCUGCUGUACCAGUGUCAAUAAAAUAGAUAUCAGCAACUUCAGAUGCUC